CCCGCCGGGAGAGAGCGCCGGGAGCCGCGCCGGGACGGCCGCGCCGAGGCACCAUGCGGGCUGCGGGGCUGCUGCCGCUGCUGCCGCUGCUGCUGCUCGGUGUCAGCUCUCAGGAUAAUACAGACCCAGGACAAGCCUCGACCACCAAAACCACAGAAACCACCACAGUGACCCAGCCUGCAAGCACUAGAGAGACCUCACCAGCCAACCCUGCACCAGCAACCACCACACUCAAAGCCACCACCACUGCCACGACUCAGCCCAUCGUGUCAGCAACCACCUCUGCUCAGAGCAUCACCACCACCACCACCAGCCCAACCAACCCAGGAACGGCUCCGUCCCCCACUGCUACAUCUCCUGCCACGGUGGCAAGGACCACCCCCACAACAUCAGGGACCACAUUGUCUGCUGCCAUCCCGCCAGCCCGCAUGCCUGGGCAGGACAGCCCCUCACAGAGCACCGCUAACCCCAAAACCAGCCCUGCUGCAAGCCCCACUGCUCAACAGCAGCCUGGCCCUACAGCCAGUUCAGGAAGCUUGGGCACUACCACUGCUGCAAAAUCUGUCGUCACUGAUCCAACCAGUCCUCCAGGAACUACAGGGGCUGUUGGCACAUCCUCUCCCACCACAGAGCCUCAGGGAAAGCAGCCUUUGGAUCAGGAUCAUAAACCUAACACCACUGUGAGCACCACAGUGACGAGGACUGAGCCUUCCCAAAGCUCCAAGGACUGUGCUGUGCCUCCUCCACAGUGUCCCACCAAGCAGCCUCCUCCUUCUUCCAGUUCUCCAGCCCAGGGAUCAAUCCCUUCCACCAGUCCUGGAAGCACCAAAACUGUUACCCCUCUGACUGGAUCCCUGUCCCCCAGCACCACUCCGAUGUCCCAACAUGGCAGCAAAGACACAGUCCCAGAUGCAACCACCACGACAGCUCCUGGGCCAGGGGAGCCAGACCAGAGCACCCAGGACGCUGGACCUGCAUCAGCCAAACCCAGCAGUGCCUCCCAGAGCCCUGCCAGUGCCCAGCCUCCAGCCCCGGGGGACCAGCCAGACCAGGCACAGAGCUGCACUUCUGGCCACCCACAACCCAACAUUUCUUCCUCAAAUGAGCUCAUCUGUAAAGAACAGGUGCAACAUACCAGGCCCACCAUCCACCUGAAAGAACCCAGAACCUGUGAUGAGUGGAUGGCUGCCAGCAAGAACAACUCCUUCUAUGAGAGCUUCUGCUCCACGGCCCAGCAGGCGUUUGAUGCCAGCAGGGACUGGUGCACGGUGGUGCUGACGUCCUGCGAGAGACCCUCCCGCCACUGGGCCGUGCGGGUGGUCCUGCACUUUCCCCUGGACUCUGGAGAAGUCCUCGUGCAGCUGAUGGAGAAGAAGGACAGGUUAGAGGAGCUCGGCAUCAUCAACGUCACCUCUGACAAAAUGGUGGAGGACAUGACCAUCAAGGACGAGUUCAGCACACCCCUGAUCAUCACCAUCAUCACCCUGGCCGGGUCCCUGCUGCUCGUCGCGGCCAUCUACGGCUGCCACCAGCGCCUCUCCCAAAAGAAGGACCAGAACAUCCACCCUGAUGUCCCCGGGUUUGAUGAUGGACAUGUGGCCCUGAUCUUUAAUCGCCUGACCGAGGAGAUGCAGACCAUGGAGAAUGGCUACCAUGACAACCCCACGCUGGAGGUGAUGGAGACCUCCUCUGAAAUGCAGGAGAAGAAGGUGAACCUCAACGGUGAGCUGGGGGACAGCUGGAUCGUUCCUCUGGACACCCUCAUGAAGGAGGACCUGGAGGAAGAGGAGGACACGCAUUUAUAGGAUGCAGAACUUGAUCAAGAGAAAAACAACCACCCCCCACCAAAAAAAACCCCACAAACCCUACACACACACACACAGAGCUCCAAAAUAAGGCAAAAUUCCCCCCAAAAGCAGAAAAUCUCUUAAUGAAUUAAUUGUGGCCCCUUGUGCCACCACAUGGGGUGCAGGAUGGAAGAGAAAAGGACGUGAGAAGACACCUCUGGGGCACAACAACACAAGCCACUUUGGUGGCCACAUCUGGCCAAGGAUCCUCCAACUCCCACCCCCGUCCCACGCCAGACCUGACCAGCCAUGGGCAAACAGGGUGGCUCUGCUCCUGAAGAGCUGCUGGUGUCUCCUCCAAGCAUGUCCCCUCCCAUCCCACAUCUGACCAUGCCAGCCACAUCCUCCAGCUACUGAAUGACUCAAAAAUCAAGAGAAAUAAAAUAAAUAGGACGAGAGAUGGAGUGCAUCUGACAGCAAAGCAGCACCUGGCAGUUACAGCUCGACAAAUCCUCUGGCCCACGCUGUUUAGUCAUCACCCUGCCCUCCCUGACACCCAGGUAGUGAAUGAAAAAAGCUGGAACAGCCUGUUCCUUUUUAAUCCAGUUUCCAGCCUCUCCCCAGAGCUGAAACGCACAUGAGCCCCUCGUUGUGCCACAGGCAAAUGGAUGCAUCCUGACCCAGUGGGAUGGCAGGGAUGCAGCAGUGCCAAGUGAUGAUCAGCCCCCGUGCCAAGGGCUGAGGAACAGAUCCUGCACCCACGUGCAGACCAAGAGAGCUGCAGCAGCUUCUUGUUUUGAAAGGAUGAGAUGGAGUGAGAGGAAAAGGAGAUAUUCCUUGAGGUUAUCCCUCUUUAGGAAGGGUGUGGUGAGCAAGAGGGAUGCCUGGUCUCUAGCCCAGGUGUGAUGUUGGGGGUUUUGUGGUGCAGGAGCCCAGCUCUGGUGCUGCAUUUCCCUCUGGAAGGAUCACUUGCCUUCCAGGAAUUACAAGCAGCAUCUCACAGUCCUCAUCCAUCCUCCACGAGACUGUGGGACACAGGCACCACGAUGGUUUGUGAUUUUUGAGGGCACAUUUUCCUGCAUGAGCAGCAGAAGAGGUAGAAGAGCAGCAGAACGUGAGCCAGGAAGCUCAGUGGCAUUCAGGUGGCCUUGGUGUUUCACACCCUCAAGGUUUAAAAGCUCAGCCUCAAGCUCUUCUUCACAAGCCACUAAAAUAUCAGAGACCUGCAAAGCAACUUCCAGCUCAGCAGCAAAGCUGGGGCUGAGCUUUGUCCUGCAGCCCUUGGUCUGUCACCCAGGUCUCCCUGUGCUGAAGCCUUUCGAGGGGAGAAGAAAAACAUGGCUGGACUGAGGCCAUUUCUGGAUUUUGAUUCCCCACCACAGCUCUAAAAGGUUGGGGAGAGUUUCAUGUCUUUGCUCUGGUGAAGCAGCUCAGUGCUGGCAGAGGCAGGGAUCAUCCUCCAGCUGGGGUCCAUCCUCCAGUACACGAGGACCAGAAGGUGACUGGGCUGAGUCCCUCUCCCAGAGUGAGGAUGGUGCUUGUCCCAAACCCUCUGCAAGCCAGAGGAGCUGCAGAUCAGAGCGAUGCCCAAACACAGCCCUGCUCCUCUGCUUGCCAUAAACCAAGGCACAAUGGGGACAUUUCCUCUGGGCUCUGCCACCAAGUCAACCCGCCUGGGAUCUGCUCCCACGGCUGCCCUGAAUGAGGGGAAAAGCAGAGCCAAGCAAUGGGAAGCCUGGAGAAACCCUGGUGGGGUUGGGAGUACUCAGGAAGGAGGGGAUUGGGGUGUUUUGCUCAGCCCCAGGACAGACAGGCACUGGCAGAAGAUACAAGUGGCUCUUCCCCCUUCUGUCCUGCACUGAAGGGCAGAGUCUGAAGUGUUCAAACCUUUCUAUUUUUGUAUGUAAAUAUUCCUGCUAUUCAUUAGCAAUGUAUUCCGCACAUUUCACUUACCUGUGCACUGCACUACGGGGAAGUAAUUUUGGAGGGGAGGGGAAAUAACAAAUAAAUUAAAAAAAAAAAUUAAAAUCUUAAAAAUAAAAAAAAAAAAAAAAAAAAGCUAAAGGCCAGCCUGGUAGGAGAUAAAAAUUUGACAUGAAGCAGAAAAACACCUCUUGCCCAGGUAACUUUGUGCCACAGCUUUGUCCCUGUUCUGGCAGCAUCAAGUUCAGCUCUUUAACACAGCCACGAGUCUCAGAGAAUGGACCUCAGCAUCCACAACUGCUCCUGUGAGCAAUGUGGCCUCCCAGCUGCCCUGACAGACAAGCAGCAGGUCCAUUCCUCACAUUUCUGUCCUUCCCAGAAAACAAACACGGGGCAGCAGCAAUGCUGUGGCCACCAGGGCUGAGUUGCCAUGAGGACACCCCUGGAUGGCAUCUCCAGGCUUUGGCAUGUGCCUAAAGAUUCCCCCUUCCCAGCAAAGAGAUGCCAAAGUGCUUUAAUGACUCAGGUCCAAAGACUUUCCAAGAGAAUCCUACAGAGGCUUGAGAUCAAGUAACUUUAAAUCUUCCCGAGCAGAGACCAGUGAGGAUAUUAACUGCUCAGCAAGUGCUUAUAGUGAUUUAUAUUUGAAUAGGAAUUGUACAUUUAUUUAUUUUUCCAGACACCAUAUUUUUAAACCACUAAUAUUUUAUAGUAGAUUUUCCUUCCCCUAUUUAAAAGAACUAUUUCCACAGGAAAAGAAAAUAGUACUUUUGUUUUUUUAGUGUUGAGAACAUUCUUUUUUUGGGAAAAAAAAAAUCAAGUAGGAAAUGCAGCAAUGAGCAUCUUUGGCCUUAACCCUUCCCUUUGUAGACUGUAGCCAUAAUUGUUAGACCAAAAAUAAUAAAUAAAAAAUAAGAUUUACCGAGGCAUUUCCUUCCUCCCUGCCCCUCCUCCCUUCCCUGUGCUUCUCUUCUCUGCCCCAAACCAGCUUUAACAUCCCACACAUUGUACCAAGAGAUUCCUGCUCUUACCUUUCGGCGAGAGCUUUACAAGCAGCUCAGAUGUCCUUGCAAGAGACUUUUCUAUUUUCAGAUUCAAGAGGAAGCGUGUAAAUACUUUAGGAGCAUUUUAUCUCCCGCUCACAGUGCCGUGACCCAGCUGAUGAGGUUGAUACUGUGACUGCUGCCUACACAAGACACACAGAAGUCAUAAUCCAUGAGGGACUGGUGAAGGAAAACCUAAUUCCCCAGGUGGUUACCUGUUGAACCUUGCACAUAUAGUAGAGCUCUUACAUCCUGUGUGUAGCAGCACCUCUCACGGGGACAGGAGUCUGAUUUACACUGGAAUUUACUGAGGAACUGGAUUGUAAGAGAUUAUUCUUGCAUUUUCCUACAAAUAUAUUUUGAGAGCAUCAUGUAUUUCUGUCAAUAAACAUUCUUAUGUAAAAGA